AUGGAUUCUUCUCCUUCGCUGCAAGGGAACACUGUAAGUUCUCCCACAACAAGCCCUCCGGUAGACCCACAGGAAUUCAAUUUUACAGCGGCAAUGAUGUGUGUGGUCAUUUUCCUGGCUUUGUUCGGCAAUGGUUUGGUGAUAGCGGCGUUUCACAGAUUUCACCAACUUCGCACAGUUACCAACUACUUCGUUGUUUCGCUUGCGGUAGCGGACAUUCUCGUGGCGUCACUUUCUAUGCCAAGCUGGAUGUAUAUCCAACUAUCGCAUCUUUCAAAGAUUCCCCAACAAAAACUACUUGCGAAGGUGCUUUACUAUUCGUGGCAAUACGUGGACAUUCUAUGCAGUACAGCAUCCAUAGUGAGUCUUUGUGUGAUCAGCGUUGAUAGGCAUUUAGCGAUCAACUCGCCGCUUACUUACCACAGCAGAAUGACUCCAAAGCGAGCCCGCACCGCCAUAGCGUUAGCAUGGCUCUUCGCCUUUGUUUGUGCCAGUUUAUCGAUUGUAACGGUGGAGCAAAAUUUCAACCCAACGGCGGGACAGGUCUACGCGUGUUUUAUCUCUAUUGCGGCAUUUUUUAUUCCUUUCUUCAUCCUUAUUGUGAUGUAUAGUAAAAUUGGCUGCGUGGCCGUACGACAAGUUCGACAAAUUUGCGCUGCCAAUUCGGGAAUUCAACACGGAAUUCAAAGAGAACACAGUAUGACUUUUCGAAAUGAGCUUAGAAUCACCAAGAUGCUGGGGAUAGUGAUUGGGGCGUUUGUUUUGUGUUGGGGUCCGUUCUUUUCAAUUGUUCUUUUGUACGCGGUCUGUCGGCAAAACUGCCCGAAUGACCACGGCUGGGUAGCUAUUAGCAAAUGGUUACACUACGCAAAUAGCACAUUCAACCCUCUUAUUUAUAUGCUUUUUACGCCGACUUUUCGCAACGCAUUUCGAAGGCUUCUAGUUCGAGGGUUUUGUUGCUUAAAGUUACCGCACGGUGGAUCCCGUUUCAACUUGAACAUUUGGAAGAAGGGAAGUGUUGAGCCCAGUGAAUAUUUUUCGGCGAGAACUUUUCAAGAAACUACUGAAGUACAACCAAGAAAAACAGAGGAUGGGUUUAAUGAAAAGAACACAAACGUGGAACUCGAAAAAACUCGCCAACUGACGGAUUCCACAAACACUUGA